AUGUGGCGUGCUGGGGCGAAGGCGAAGCUGGCUGCCCUCACCCUUCUUGGCGGAGCAGGGGCCGCAGCCAUCGCUACCUCUGACGAUCCCUCAAGCACUUUCAAGAUUUGCACUAUCGUUCCCCUUCGCCUCAUCCGCGACUCCGUCACUGCUGCUACCAUGGCCUUCGACUAUCAGUAUUCAUUAUGGGGGCUUAAAGAAGGAAGUAUUGAAUGGUUGAGAGCCAAACAUGAAGUCCAUAAUCGGUGCGCUUAUAGGCUUCAAGAGUUAUGCUUCCGUAAUGGAGGAAUUUACAUCAAGCUUGGUCAACAUAUUGGUCAAUUGGAAUAUGUAGUUCCUCGAGAAUAUGUACAAACAAUGAGGGCCUCCAUGCUGAAGAGAUGUCCAGUUUCCUCUUAUGAUCAAGUGCGAAGUGUAUUUGUGAAAGAGCUUGGGGAGCCACCAGAGAAAAUUUUUGCAGAAUUUGAUCCAGUUCCACUGGCAAGUGCUUCUCUUGCGCAAGUUCAUGCUGCUAAAACUCAUGAUGGCGAAAAGGUUGCUGUAAAGGUUCAACACACUCACUUGACGGAUACUGCCAUCGCAGAUAUUGCCACUGUGGGUUUGGUGGUGAAUUUCUUGCACUGGUUCUUUCCUGCUUUUGAUUAUAGGUGGUUGGUUGAUGAAAUUCGGGAAAGUGCACCAAAGGAAUUAGAUUUCUUGUUUGAGGCUAGGAACAGUGAAAAAUGUUUGGAUAACUUCAGGAGGUUAUCCCCUCAUAUGGCAGACAGCAUUUAUGCCCCUAAGGUUUAUUGGAAUCUGAGUACUUCUAGACUUUUGACGAUGGAAUUUAUGGAUGCUGCGGAGAUAACUGAUGUUAGUGCUAUGCAAAAACUUGGAAUUCAACCUAUUGAUGUUUCAAAAUUAGUCAGCCAAGCUUUUGCAGAGAUGACUUUUAAGCAUGGAUUUGUUCACUGUGACCCACAUGCUGCCAACAUGAUGGUUCGGCCUUUGCCAUCCAGCAAAUGGAAUUGUUUUGGCAAAAGAAAGCCACAAUUAAUAUUGCUCGAUCAUGGUCUUUACAAAGAACUUGAUUUCGAAACUAAGACAAAUUAUGCUGCACUCUGGAAGGCUCUAAUUUUUGCUGAUGUUAAUGCAAUUAAGGAAAAUAGUGUAAAACUGGGUGCUGGUGAGGAUCUGUAUGCACUGUUUGCUGGAGUACUUACAAUGAGGCCAUGGAGUAGGGUCAUUGAUCCAUCUGUGGAUCAUUUAGUUCUAGAAGGGAAGGAUAGUGAUCGUUCAGAGCUCCAGAUGUAUGCUUCCCAGUACUUUUCUCAGAUCUCGGAACUGCUUAGGAGACUUCCACGUGUAAUUCUAUUGAUGCUAAAAACAAAUGACUGUAUACGAGCUGUGACCCAUGCCCUGAUUGCAUACCCCAAGGACAGCAUUUCUUUAGUUUGCAACGUAAAAGCUGUCAUUCAGUUGUAACUGAGUUGGCUGGUAAGCUUUUUUCUCUCAACAAGAUGCUGUUUCUAUCAAUAUUGUUUUAUCAAAAACAACCAUUUGAGUUGCAUUGUCUGCCAUGUACCAACCAUCCAUGCUCAUGAUUUGUUGUGAUUUAGGUCACAACCUUAAUUCAAAUUGGAGCCAGUUCCUAGGAUACAAAGCUUCUAAAUUGCUUGCCUGGUCAUCUAGGGGAAAACAGUCCUCCAUAUUUAUAUAGCUAGCUAUUGCUUGAUGGCAUUGCUGUAUCCAAGCUUCUAAAUUGCUUGCUUACAUGGUCAUCUGGGAGAAUUUAGUUGUUCAUUCUUCUUCUAAAUAAACAGUACAUAUUUAUAUAGCUAGUCAUUGCUUGAUGAACAUUGCUGUACCUAAGCUUCUAAAUUGCUUGCUUGGUCAUCUAGGAGAAAAUAAACCUUCAUUCUUUUCUUCUAAAUAAGCACUAAGUAUUUAUAGGUAGUCAUUGCUUGAUGGACAUUGCUGUACCCAAGCUGGAAUUAAAUUAGUGAUAUUCAACUGUAACUCCUCGGGCCUCUGAAUAAUUGAAUCUUCAUGCUCGUAGUCUUCUUGUAUGGAACUCUCAGCCUUGCUGAGUUUUUGCUCCUAAUUUAUUGACAG